GAGUAAAUCGACUGUAUAAGUCAUAAAAGGGAAAAAAAGGAAAGUUUGCGCUGCUCGGAUCCAUGUUUGUUGUGUGGAAUUACUUAUACGUGGUUAAGCAGUGAAGCGCCUCCCAGUGCCUCGGUCAUAGACCUUGAAACCCAGCGCAUAUAUGCAGAAUGCAUUUUGGGUUGAGCGCGAUCCUAUAGCUGAGGAGGGUUCCUCCACUUGCCCACAGGGCCCCCUCCACCUCAACCGUCCUUCCCUUCUUCAUACAUCUCUUCCUGCAUGGACGCCCGAUGCCGGAACAUGCUAAAAUAUUUAGGCAGAAACUCGGUUCCGUCGCUGGAGUCUGUGGCUGGAUUCUAAUUUGAUUUUUUUUAUUUUGUUGGGAAUAAUCUCCCCAUUUCUAACAAGAAAGAACUUACUCUGACUAUUUAUUCAACAGCUAAAAAAACUAAGUGAACACACAAAACAGUUAAAUUAUUAGAUGUUUGAUCAAGCCACGACUAUGGGCGAUGGAAUCGCCGAGGACCGAAACCACUGUGGAUCCAAUUCGUUGUGCCGUGACCGCGGCAGAGACUCCAAAAGCCGGACGGAAGUGGGGAACCGGUCACCUGUGCAGAGUUCUACCGACACACCGGGGACUUCGGCUUCCACACCGACUUCAUCAAGCGAGGAUGGACACGAUAAACUUUUAGGAGUCGACCCGGACUACUGUCGAAGGAUUCUGGUCAGAGACGCCAAGGGCACUAUUCGGGAGAUUGUACUGCCAAAAGGCCUGGAUCUAGACCGGCCGAAGCGCACACGGACCUCGUUCACGGCGGAGCAGCUCUACCGGUUGGAGCUUGAGUUCCAGCGAUGUCAAUAUGUGGUCGGACGUGAGCGCACGGAGCUCGCCAGGCAGCUCAACCUUUCAGAAACUCAGGUGAAAGUGUGGUUUCAAAACCGCCGCACCAAACAGAAGAAGGACCAGACCAAGGACACCGACAAGCGGUCGUCGUCCACCUCCGAAUCGCUCGCCACGUGCAACAUCCUGCGGCUGCUUGAACAGGGGCGUCUACUGUCUGUGCCUGCGCCUCCACCCAACCCACUGCUGACUCACCCGCACCCGGGCAACGGCUCGCUCUUGGGCAGCCCGUCUGUAUCCACUUCCUCUGGGGUGAGUAGCAGCACCACGCCUCCCGGGGCGGCAGCGGGCGGGACGUUCGGACUGUCGCUGUCUUCUUUAGCCGGCACCCCGCCCUCGCCGCGCCUCGGGGUCCCACCGCCUUCCCUUUGCUUUACCAUGCCCCUCCUGGGCGGCACCCAUCACGAACUGCCAUCGGGAUAUGGGUGCGGAUCCUCAGCGUUCGAGCCCUACAUGAGGAUAGAGAGGAAGGACGGAGAGUUAAAUGGGAAGAAGACGGUUUCCUAAAAACACUGCCAACCGAUUGGUACCUUCCCCCUUCUACCUGUCUCAGGGGUCUCACCUGUGCCGUGAACAACCGGAUGGUUCGCAAGCUAUCAGAAAGAGAUUGAACAACGGCCUCUCUUGCGCUAGUGCCUACAACCAAACCGAGGCCGGUCGGACUCCAUCGUUCCAGGGGAGGUGAGCGUUUGGGACGAAGCCUGUAAUUAAGCAUCGCUGUGUUCGGUGGAUUUCGUCAUCCACAGGUUUCCUUCCAUCUUUGCAUUACGUGUGUGGUGAGGAACUUAUUCUUUGUGAACGAUGGAAACUGCUGUAAAUGUAACUGUAACUGUAAAAGGCUAAAUCAUUUCUCAAGUUUGUUUCCAAAUGGGUGUUAAAAAAUGAGAAAAAUUCUGAAAAAAUUAUCAACAUUGUGGUACGGUUUUAUGCUGCUCUAAAUUAAUUGACUUUGGGGAGCUUCUUGUCGAUAUAAAUGUGAGUCUGUGUGAAAGUAUAAGAAUGAGAGAAUUAGGUAAGUAAACACGUACAGUAACAAUAACAAGGCACUGACAACUUUUGUGGCAUUAAUUUCGCACUAGACCUUGGUCUUAAUGAGAAUUCAACGGACCGAAUGAUUAUUCAUUUAGCAGUGAUGUGACAUUAAAUCUGAGCAUGUGGAAAAUUACACAGGUCUUCAGCAAAAUGCAAAAUAAUUGCGUCUAAAAGUGCUCAUCACGUGUGUUUCUCAUCAAGGAUACAUUGUUGCAAUGCACAACUCUUUAAACUAUGUCUCUUCUCUGGUUAACACACAAAAUUCUCAAUUGAAAGCAAUGCUUUCAUUGGCCCAAUAACAAUAUAAGGACCCUUUUCACAGACUGUGAUGACAUGUUUCCAGUUAUCAGCAUCGUAAAUCUAUAAAGGUUUUCAUUGACCUUACACUUCAGAGAAGUGGUUAAAGCUGCUGGAUGAGUGGGAUUGAUAGUAAGUUUGACAUCUUUCUCUCUUCUGAUCAACGUAAUCAAUCUCUGUACAAUUUUCUCCUCUUUUGAAAAGUCAUAGAACACUAUCUUUUCACUAUUGGGGCAAAUGAGAACACAAAAAAUACACUUCUUGUUUCCACUCACCACAGUAGAAAUUCACCCAACUACGGCGACUUCUGAGAAUGCUAGAAAUGUGAAAACGGUCCAUUGCCCUUAGUUAACAUGUUUCCUCUUGUCAGAGAGUUGCUUCCAAAACGAUGCAAAGGGCUAAUUAUUGACUUCCAAGAUUAACCACCUUUCAGAGUCUUCAGCACCUGAUUUUAUUCUCUGAGAUCUUAAACAAUGCUUAAUGACUGAUUGAGCAUGCAUAGAAUUAGUUUCAUAGUAUGUGCACAUCAUUCAGACACCGUCUGCAGUUUACAUGACUGAAUCAAAACAGACACUUACAAAAAUUACUUUGAUAGAAAGAUUGUUUAACGAAUACUAUGAAAGUACUUUUUUUGUUUUGUGUGAAAUUAAAAAAAAAAAAAAUUCACCGUCCCAAAUGAUGACCUUUGUCGUCCCAUGUCAGUAUUAGUUAUGGAUGCUAAGCGUCUUGUCAGAGCCGUUAGGUCAGUUUGGUGCUCUUGCACAUGCUUUAAUAUGACUGAAGAAGUACAACCCACAAUUAUUCAGCAUUUUUCAUGACCUAGAAUCAGAUGCACUUUACGUUAAUGGAUUUUCCCAGUCUUCUUCACUCAAAACCUACCAUUAGUAAGAACAGCAUGCAUCAGUUUUUAAAAAUUCCCCAAACAUUCCGUUUUUGUUUUUGAAAGGCAGCCAAAGACAUCCACUGUAAUGACUUCCAAACUUCUGAACCGAUUCAAUGAAGACGUGGACCAAAGCUAGGCUAACACUCAUGCAAACGUUUCAUAAUUCAAAAGAUGAUUCUGUAGCCUGUGUCUUGUAAAGGCCUGAGCAUUUCACAUGAAAACAGUCUUAUGCGCCUGUUCACACUAGGACAAAAUUUGGUUUUACCUAUGAGUGGUAAAAAAAACAAAAACAAAACACCAACAAACAAGAUUUGAGGUCACAAAAUAGAUGUAUCCGUGCUGAGCGAAAUCAUUACUGUCUGGUUGAGCUGAAAUCUGUUUUCUCAGACUUUUAUUUUGCAUUAAGCGAGCUGGGUUGUAUUUUGCAUUGAAGCAUGUGAAGUGCUUUUUUGCUUUGCUUUAGACUGAAGAGACCUUUGCACUUGGUUGUUUUGCGUUCACACUGACAGCAAUUUCAAUCGCUGAAAGUGCUUAUGAUUUUAAAGCUUAUUGUUUUCCAUAAAGUUGAACUCCAUUUAACUUUGCUGCUCUACAGUUUCUGACACCCCUAAAUUUCCAGCUCUCACUAAAAAAUGAUUUCUGAUCACUUGAAGUGUGAAUAGGCAUAUUCAGUGGCCUGUAAGUUUAUCAGCUGCUGUAUACACGAAAGCUUAUAAAAAGGCAAUUGCAAAUUUUAUCUCACAAUUCUUUUAUCCCCACAGUUGCAAGUUUAAAUCUCACAAUUCUGACUUUUUUUGAGAAAUGUGAGUUUAUGUCUUGCAGUUGUGAGUUAACUGUGAGAUGUACACUCAGAAUUCAGAGAAAAAAAGUUGAAUGUAAAAUUCUGAGAAAAAAGGCUAAAUUGUGAAAUAUAAACUCACAAUUACAAGAAAAAAAGUUGAAUUUGUUGCAAUUACCAUUUUUAUAUUUUUAUUACUUGGCAAAAAAAAGUUUUCUGUUUUUAUCAUCUUAAAGUAUUGUAGACUGGACAGUUGAAGGAAUAGUAAAACCCAAAAUGAAAAUUGCAUAGUUAACUCACCCUUGUGUCGUUUCAAAACCUGUAUCGACUUCCAUGGAAUGCUGGAUCUUCUAAGAACACAAAAUAGAAACAUUAAAGUAAUGACUGAUAUUCUGUAUUCCAAAUCUUCUAAAAGUCAUAUGAUCAUUUUGGAUGAGUAUUAGAGUAACGACAAUAGUAAGUUGCUUUUUGAAGCCUGAAAACUCCAUGUACUUGCAUAGACAGGAAGAAAGUCUUGAGGGUGAGUAAAUGAUGGCAGAAAUUUCAUUUUUGGGUAAACUAGUCCUCCCUUUGAGUUGCUCUGCCCUUACUUUCAGAAGAAGGCAUGGACAUGGGUUUAGCUUCUUAUACAUCUGGUAUUUGAUUGCAAAUGGACCGUGCAUAAAAUUCUCGUUGGAGUUGUUGUCGAACAGGGUUAUUUUCUAUAAGCGUUAUUUAUAAUUCACUGCUGCAUCAUUUAGCCUGAAGCUCUGAGACAGACACCAGCUCAUAACACAAGCGCAUUUAGUCGAGGCUUCCGAGACAAAAACACACCUGUACUCAUCACACACUCGGUUUCCUAAAACAAUGAUGAUGUGUUGAUUACUGAAGGCAAAAAAAACUAAUGGAGCAACUCCAUUUGAAAAAACAGCAGAGUUGUAGAUUAAGAAAUUAAGCUUUUGAAAAGGCAUUGAAAGGAGUACUGAAGACCUUUACCAUCACUGCAAAACUUGUUUACCUCCUUAAUUGUGAACCAUAAGCCUGAAAUAUGUUUUCACAGUAUGUUGAACAAGCAAAGACAGUAUAUAUAAAUAACAUUGCCACAGAAAUGAUUGUAAAAUGUGGUUUGAGUUUACGGUGAUUGUGUGGAAAGAUUUUAUUUUUUAUCUCACCUCCAUAUUUCCUUCCAUUGUUAAGGGUCAGUGCUCUUGUUCUGGCACAAAGAUUAUGUGUAAGUAAGCCAUAAGCUCUUUGGCAGUACAGCAUUUGUGUGACCGUGUCAAAAAAUAAGAAUAAUUAAAAAAAGUGACAUAAUGGCACCAGCUUCUCACAAAUAAGAAAACACUUAAACAGUAUGUAAAUAUAUGAGUUUUUGCACAGUAUUUUAAUGUUGUAUUAUGUGAUCUUACAGAAAAAAAUGAAUGAAAAAAAUAUAAAUGCUUUACAAUUCUUUGUCUCAUUAACUAUUUGCACUUAUUUAAAAAAGUUUGU